AUGUUUGAUAUUCUGUCUCCUGGGUUCUUAGAAAAGUAUUCAGUCAAAGCUUCAGGACAGCAGGAGGAGACAGCCACAGGGAGCGUGCUGUCAAAAGAAGCAGUCCUGAAGCUCCUGGAUGAAAGAGAAUCCGACUUAAUGAACAGGUAG